AUGACUACUGUAAAAAAUCCAUUAGCACGUGCUAGACUAUUACAGAAUAUAACUACAAAACGUACACAUACAACAUCAUUUUCAAAUCCACAAACUAUUCUACCUAAUUAUCCUUUGAUAAUACCAUCACAAAAUCGUCCAAGAAAAAAACGUGUUCGUUUUCAAUUGAAAUUAGAAUCAGUCAAAGAAGAAAAAGGUUCAUCAGUAUCAAACAAUAGUAAUUCUACUGGAAUUAUAGCACAAUUAGAGAAGAAAACCUUUGAUUCUCUUCGAGAAAGUCGACUAUUGCAUAGUCCUCGUAUUACAAAUUUACCAAAACAAGAUCAUUCAUCAUCUGCUAUUCCAAAAAUUAAACGACCAUCACGACCUUCAUUAUCACCUGAGUCACAAGACUCAUUAGUAUACUCACGUUCAUUUAGCAUGGAAACUUUUAUUCAUCGACCAGUAAGUCCUCGAAAGGAUAUAAAUAAUGGUAAAAGACAAUCACCCACAUUUUCUGAUUCUUCCUCAAAACAACGAUUACAUUUAGCUACUCUAUCUCGUUUUAUUCAAUCAAAAAAAAUACCUAUUCCUAUGAAUGAUAAAAAUUAUCUAUUACCAAUUGUUAAACGAAUUGAUCUUAUAUCACCCACAAUGAAAGAAGCACAUUCUAAUGAAAAAUUAAUACAAAUAGAAAAUUAUAUUCGAAUAAAAACUAUGAAAGAACGUUUUCCAUCAAAAAAAGCUUCUUUAAAUAAUCAAUAA